UUGAGCGGUGCAGAACUUCGCGACUUUACCGAAAGCUACCAUGGCAGCAUUUUUGUAGAAUUCUGGGCCUCUCCAUGCCUUGCGUGCGACUACCUGGACCCUGUCUUGGAACAAACCGUGCAUCUCGUCUCUGAUGACAACAUCCUCAUAGUCAAGGUACAAUGCGACAACAGCAACGAAGACAGAGACAUGUGCCGUAGUUACGGCGUUACGUCGAAACCUACCCUUAUGGUUUUCAAUGGCCCACAUCAAUAUCAGACAUACGUCGGGAGACAGCGGGCAAACAGCAUAUCCUGGUUUAUGAAAAGACUGAAUCGCCCAUCGGUCAUUGAGAUAACCAAAGAGAACAUCGACCAUGUCAAAAUGAGUGGCGAUCUUGCUGUGAUCGGUUUUGUCGAUGAUCUUGACACAGAGGCAAAAUCCGAGUUUCUGUCCACAGCUGAGAGCCUUCAUGGCAUUCAUGCGUUCGGAAUCAGCAGCAGCAGGGAUCUCGCGUCUUCUGAAAAUGCGUCGUUCCCUGGUGUCAUGGUCUACAAUCGUGACAGCGAUAGCGCGAUCAGCUUCCCAACCUCCAUGACUCUCACUGGGCAAAGCUUAGGCCAGUUCUUGGAAGCUCAAAACCACCCACUUAUUAGGGAGAUCGAUUUCGACACCUUCGAUGAUUAUCGCAAGUCUGCGCCCGUCCUCGGAUUGAUCUUUGUACAGACGAAAGCAGAACGUUUGCAUUUUACCAAUUCUCUGCAGGAUGUGGCCAGGAGAUAUCAAGGUCGGAUCACGUUCGGCACAGUUGAUGCAGACCAAUUUGGAGCUGCUUCAGUAAAGCUUGGUCUGACCUAUGGAAAAUGGCCUGCCUUUGCAGUCGAGAACAUCCUGGAUGACGCUGUUUACCCGCUCGAUCAACAAAUCGUCAUGACUGUGCCGGCGAUUGAGGCAUUUGUCCUCAGCUUGGUA